AUGAACUGCGUCGCUCUUUAUUUGAUCUUUUACGGUCCUAUAUUCGAUGAUUUUCUAUCUAAUGUAUCGAAUUUGCGCGAUCUACGCGGUCUCUACAACUUAAUCGACAUCUUCGACCUCCCCUUCACUUACUCCAACUCUCACUCGGAAACUCAAAGCUCGCGAAUUUAUACCGUAUGCUCAUCCACUAAUUCCAGACCUGUAAUAUACACGGUGGAUGCAGAGAAUAGUGUAAAAGAAUGUAUCGUUGUACGGGGUACGGAUGUGAUUGAUUCUGGGAUUCUAGACCGAGCUAUUUCCCGUGGACUCGUCUCAACUCGGUCAGAGUUUUCGGACGCGGUGCAUUAUAUCCCGGAAGAAGCAAUUGUCGUUCCUUCGUUCACAGAUUCCCAUGUCCACUCACUCGAAUAUGGAUUUCACCGUCUCUUACCUCUAGAUGAUGCAGAUUCUAUUCCCGCUGUCGUGUCCCUUGUCAAAUCCUUCAUCCUCUCCAAUCCAUCUGUACACGCUGACAAGGCAAAAUGGGUCUACGGAUGGGGUUAUGACAAGACAAGAUGGUUGCAGGAAACCAAUUUCCCUUCCCCAAAUUCAACCAACACAGAAACAUGGCCCACGUACCACGCCUUUGAAUCCGACCCCGUAACAGCCGGGAGACCGAUCUGGUUAACAUCGAAAGACGGACACGCAAUAUGGACGUCAAAGAGGGUUAUCGAGCUUGCUGAGGAAAGGUGGGGGUUCAAAGACGGAAAGUGGCCGGAGGACGAAGAGCUCGAAGGUGGGAGGAUCAUGAGAGGAGAAGAUGGGCGACCGAAUGGUAUAUUCCUCGACAACGCCCAAGCGCUCAUCCAUGUCCCCACGCCCUUCGAAGACAACCUCGCGCGGUUCGAGAUCACUGUCGCUGAUGCGCUGGCGAAUGGGGUCACCGCGAUGCACGAUGCUGGAUUCUUGGCCGAGACCUUGGAAUUUUAUGAGAAGUUGGUUGAGGAGGGAAGGGUGUUGCCUAUCCGCAUGUACGCCAUGCACAACUUCAACGCCUCCGCUCCUUACUGGGGAAAUUCCACAAAGAAAUAUGAUAAUGAGAAGAGCAGGUUGAAGAUGAGGAGUGUUAAGCUUAUUUGUGAUGGUGCUAUGCGUUCUGGUGGUGCAUAUCUCUAUGAACCUUACACUGACGAACCCUCCUCCACCGGAUUCAUGCGCCUCCCAGCCUCGCUCCUCAACGAAAUCAUCCCCAGAUUCAUCAAAGACGGAUGGCAGGUCAAUGCUCAUGCGAUCGGGGAUAGGGCGAAUGGGGUUGUACUGGAUGCAUUUGAAAAGGCUGAGAGGGAGUUGAGGGAUGAACAAGACCUCGAUCUGAAACAUACCCGUCCAAGAAUCGAACAUGCUCAAAUCAUGACCAGUCAGGAUUUAGCGCGGAUCGGGAGGGUAGGAGUCAUUGCCAGUAUCCAGCCUACACAUGUGACUGACGACAUGUGGUACGGUGAAGCACGGUUGGGUCCGGAACGUGUGAAGGGGUUGUAUGCGUUUCGGUCCAUGAUGAAUUCUGGAGCGAGGAUCACGCUUGGAACUGAUAUUCCCGUGGAGGGGAUUAAUCCGUUAGAAACUUUCUACGCCGCAAUUACUCGUACAGACAAAUCAGGUAACAGUCCGCAUGGUCCAAACGGCUGGUUCCCAGAGCAAAAGUUGACGAGAGUUGAAGCUUUGAGAGGAAUGACAAUCGACCCAGCAUAUGCUUCAUUCUCCGAAUCAACCCUCGGCUCUCUCGAGCCAGGGAAGAAAGCGGAUUUCGUGGUUCUGUCGAAGGAUAUAAUGAGUGUGAGGGAUCCGAGGGAGGUGUUGGAAACGAAAGUGUUGACGACGGUGUUGGAUGGGAGAGUGGUAUUUGGUAAGUUUGUGAAAGGUGUCUAG